AUGAAAUCGCCAUAUCUCCCCCGAGGACCUAGACUUAAGUUCAUAUACAUAGUUUGUGCAAUAUGUGGGUUGUUCAUAUUAUUCAGUUUUCAUAAUAAUAGAGGUUUUAUAUCCUCUAUCCAAAAUGAUAUUCCCCUAGAUGGAAAUGAAGUUUAUUUCAAAUAUCAUGAUACCAUGAUUUCCCUCCAAAAAGAGAUUCCUGAUAUUCGAGGUAUUGACAAAGCUUCAACUCAUUAUAAUGACAUGUUCAAGAAUCGAGAUGUGAAUUCGAUAUUGUCUCUUGAUUUUGAUAAGAGAUGUAAGUUAUUUUUCCGAAAUAUGUCAAACUGGGAUACAAACUUAAAUUUCGAAACUACAGAUCAAGAAAUUGAAGAAUAUAUUCGAGAAAAUGAGAUUGAAUUAAGAAAGAAAUUUAGAGGACUGGAUGGGGAUGAGGAGGAGUUCAAGGAAUAUGCAAAGAGUAAAUAUAGAUCCAAGAAGAAGUUGGCGAUUGAAGAAUCUAUGGUUGAUUUCUUAGCUUCACUGAGGAUUUUUAAUAAAUGUUAUAUAACUAAUGAUAAUAAAACUCAAACUAAACGCAUUAAACAGGUUCUCAAACACCAGAAAUCAAAGAUCCCAAAAGUGAAACUACUGUCUGUAGAUGUGGGUCGAUCGUUUGAUCCAAAGACAGCUGAAAGAUUGAUUUAUCCGUGGUUGUCUUUCCAAUCACCAAUAUAUGAACGAUGGGAUGGAUUUAUUGUAGAUCAAAUGACCAAGAAGUACAACAAUAAACAUACCUUCUUAAAGAAUUUCAAAAAUGCAUGUCAUGGGAAGGGGAUUACUUUAUCAAUUGCAAAUAAGCAUGUUGAAGAUACGAUUAGUUUAAUAAGAUUAUUACGUGCAUUGAAUAAUAAACUUCCGAUCCAAAUAAUCUAUAAUGGAGAUAUAGCACCUGAGAAUAAAUUACGUUUGAUUAAAGCAGCACGAGAUAAAGUCACCAAAUACCCUAAAUCAUUUCCUAAAAUUCGAUCAAUAUUGGAAUACCGCAAUGGAGGUCCACUAAAACAAGAAAUAUGGUUUGUGAAUAUCAAACCCGCCAUUCAUGAUUCAUAUCGAGAUCAAUUCACUGGAUUUUCGAAUAAAUUAUUGGCCACCCUCUUCAAUUCCUUCCAAGAAUUCAUAUUAAUCGAUGCCGAUACCAUCAUGUUACAACCCCCGGAAUAUUUCUUUGACUUAUUGGGAUAUAAAUCAACGGGAGCAUUUUUCUUUAAAGAUCGUGGGAUUUCAAUCAAUAGACGAAGUAUGGGAGAUUCAAUUCUUUUCAAGAAAUUAAGUCCCUCGAUUGUGGAUACUAUAAUGUUUGAUAUUCCAGUUAUAACUAAUCAUACCUUACAUCGAGAAUUUUUCCAAGGAAUUAAUCAUUAUAUGGAAUCAGGAUUGGUUUUGUUGAAUCGAGAUAUUCAUUUCAAUUCGAUUUUAUUAAUGAUUCAAGUAACGUUUUUAUCUCCCGUGACUGGGAUAGUCUAUGGAGAUAAGGAAUUGUUUUGGUUAGGAUUAGUCUUGAAUGGAGAUGAAUCAUAUUCCUUCAAUGACCUAUUUGCAGGUUCAAUUGGUCAAUUCACGGAAAAUAGACACAAACCAUCGGGCCACGCCUACAAAUCCCAAGAAAUAUGUUCACCCCACCCAGGGCACAUAAAUGCCGAAGAUGGUCAUAGUUUAUUAUGGAUCAAUUCCGGAUUCAGAUACUGUCAUCAAGCAGCUAAGAUUGAUUAUGAAUCUGAAGUCAACAAGAAAACAAGACUUGAAUUCUUGAAUGAUAUUCAAUCGUUUAAAACAUUUUAUGAAUCUCCAUUACGGAUUUCCAAUGCUAUUAUACCUCCACUUGAUCCAAGUGUUGACAGUCAUGAGAAUAUUGAUGGUGAACCGACGAGUGGAUGGGCAAUGGAACUGUAUUGUUCGGGAUAUAUGUUUUGUGCUUAUAGUACUGUUGGUGGGAGAAUGGAAGAUGGAGAAGGGAAGAAUGAAUUACGAGGUAAAGUAAUAAAUUUUAGUAAAAGGGAACAAGAUUUGUUUAAUUAUUUGGGAGAUGUUUGGGUUGGGAUUGACGGAUUAUAA